CUCUCCUCUAAAGGUAGGAGCUGAACUCUCAUCAGCACCAGCAGCAGCCCCUGUGGGGGGUGUUGUGUUAGCAUGCUCUCUGCCGAGGCUACAGAAGGAGGAUGAUGAGGAGGAGUAAUAGCCUCGAACAAGCUGCUGCUCGCUCGCGACGCCUUUAAGCAGCGGGUGAUGCUGAUGGACACGGUUAUACGAGGCUAUCUCUGAUGAUAAGGGAGGAUAGGGCACCGUGGACACCGCUGGAGCGUGUGUGUGUGUGUAUAGUGCGUGUGUAUAUGUGUGUGUUGGAGUUGGGGAAGGAAGGUAGUUAAAGGCCUUUUCUUUAUUCUAUUCUUGAUUUUCGUUUGUUUACUUGUUAAUUCGCUUGGACAUGAGCGCGCGGGCUGAGCGCGGAUGGAGCGCGUGAACGCCGUGGAGCUCCGCGAGCUGGGCCGGGACCGAGGCGCGCGCCAUGGCCGCCACGCCGCGGGCUUCGACAACGCCACCUUCGUGGGGGAUAAGGAGGAGGAUGAGGAGGGUGAAGAUGGAGAGGAGGAAGAGCACGCGCCCACACCUCAUACCCACACCCAAACUCAAAGCCAACGACGGCAUCAAACCCAGACCGAACCCGAGCUCGUGCACGAGCCCCUACCCGAACCCGAGCUCGUGCACGAGCCCCAAGCCCAGCCCGUGGACUACGGCUUCGUGUGCGCGCUCGUGCUGCUCGUCAGCGGCAUCCUGCUGGUGGUCGUCGCCUACACCAUCCCGCGGGAGGCGCGCGUGAACCCCGAGCAGGUGAGCGCGCGCCAGAUGGAGAAGCUGGAGCUGUGGUACGCGCGCCUGGGCGCGCACCUGGACCAGUGCAUCAUCGCGGGGCUCGGGCUGCUGACGCUGGGCGGGAUGCUGCUCUCCGUGCUGCUGAUGGCCUCCAUCUGCCGCGGGGAGCUGCACCGGCGGAGGACUCUGGCCGGGUCCGGCAGGGCCAUGAAGUCGUACGGCUCUAUAAACAUGCGGAUGAGGCAGCUGGCGGAGGGAGACGGGAGGGACACGCUGGUGGAGUGUGAGGCGGCCCAGGCUGGACCACACAGCCAACAGUAGAGAUAAAGCAGCAGCAGCAUCAGCACCAGUCUCAGCAUCAUCAUCAUCUGUGGAUCAGCAGCAGCAGCAUCAUCAACUGUGGAUCCUGUACAUGUACCUGGAUUACUGCUGGUUAUAAAGCACUGGAAGGUUUGGGUAUAGGGCGCCUGAGUUGGAAUGACAUAAAGAAUUCAAGUUCAAAUUGAGAGAAAUACGACAAAAAGCCAAGAAAAAGCAGCUGCUGUGCUAAAAAAGGCCAAACUGGUCCGAUAAGUUUUACACACAAAUACGUAAAUACAAAAUACGAAAAAACUAACAGUCCAUGCUAAUCUUAGUUUAGCUCAUAUCUAUUUAACCAGGGUUUAAAAUAACAUAUCAUUGCUGUUCAAUGAAAAACAUGUAUUUUCAAUCAGUUUUGUAGAUUUUUAUUUUACUACAUAAUUUUUAAAUGUUUCAAAAUGAGGGAUGAACCAAUAGAAAUUCUUAAAAAAAAAACCUAAAAUAAACGUUUUGAUUCCAUUGAAAGUUAAUAUGAUUUUAUCUCCUGUAAAGGUACUGUUUUGUAGAUACAUGUUUUUAUUGGACAGCAAUGAUGAGCUAGCGAUGCAGCUGUUGAGCUGUUGUGAUGGUAUGUACUGUUAUCAGAUGGCAUGUACUGGUCUGGUUCUGACUUGGCUAUAAACAGUUUAGACCAACAUGUAUUUCGGAUUACAGCAGCAUUUAAAACAGAAAAUACCUACUUGAAAAACAGAAUCAGACCAGUAUAGCAGUAUGCUGGUUGUCCAUUCUUUUUAAACAGGGAAGUCAAUUUUAUAAAAAAGUAAAUUCAAUGAUGUUUUGGACAGAAUAAGUCAACCAAUUAAGCUGUAAAGUAAGACUUUUACAUAAAAUCUGAAUUUUAACGACUGAAAGAUGAGAAACGUGGGAAUGGGGUUCUAUAAGGUGCUGUUUUGUUACUGGAAGUUGAUAAUUGUGAUAAAUAGUAAAUAGUGAAGAUGUUCUCGCUCUGUCGUUCAGGCGCCCGGGGCUUUUACUAAAUGCUAAACGACAGGAAGUGAAAGCACAAUGGUGAAACAGUUAAUAGUUUGAAAUUUAAACACUAUAACAGGCUGACACACUAUAUAGUGCACUGUUUACUGUAUGUGAUACAGUGCACUGCAGCUACUGUCUGUGCUGUGUUUGGAAUAGUUCACUGGUUCAUUCUUUAUCCAUUACGUACUGUAGUGUGGACUGACUGCAGAAUACAACAACCAGAAUGAAGUAUCUCUGGGAAUUUUGAACUGAUAAAAUUGAUAAAAACGGACAAAAUCUCCAACUUAAUUAUCAUCCAAACUUAAAGGGUCCAUUUAACAAAAACAAAACAAAACAAAACAGUAUUUAUUAGAUUUUCUAAAAUUAAAUUGUUCAAAUUUAGUGUGUGGACAUUGCUAACAUUUUUAAAAGUACCAAUUAAUCCUCAACAUCCUAUAUAUAUAUAUGUAGGAUUUGGAUUAAUUCCUAGAGAUGGACUGUUUGGAGUGAUGGGUGAUGUACUAUGCACUAAAUAAUGUUCUUUUAUUCACAAAAAGAAUUAAAUAAAUUUUUUUUCUGAGAAAUGGGCCCUUUAAAUUGUUUUAUUCUAUUAAAAAAUUAAUUCUAAUGCAGUGUGAGAUAUGUACACUGCAUUAUUGGGUAUUUAUAACUGCAAUUGGCAGCACAGGUGUGGUCUUUAAAGUAAUGCACUGUAUCUCUAAAUAAGAGUGAUUCUAAACACAGCAUCAGACUGCACUGUGAUUCACUACUGAACAUCCUGUAGAGUUAGGACUAAUGUACAGUUAAGAUAAAGGAAAAUAAAAUCCUGCAGAAGACAGAGAUAUUUAUAAUAAGAAUAAUAAGUGAACGAAUUGUUGGAAAGCACAAUAUUAAACCUCGAUUAAGAUAAAGAUGUUUAAUGUGUAAAAUAACAUGCUGCAAAACCACACGCCAUUCGCUUCUUUAUAAAACUUGAAACGGGCGUCUCUUUAAUCGAACACGUUAUAAAGAACAAUAUGUGAAAUAUAUGUAUUAAAAAAAAACAUUAUUAUCGUCCAAGGAUAGCCUAAAACAUGCCUUAAAAUGUCUCUGUAAAUCGUGAACUAAGCGCGAUUGCGUAUUAUUUGUUAUGUGUGAGGUUUAGUUUGUUCCAUGGAAGCCUUUAAUAUGUACAGAACUGCUACUGAAUAUAGAUUACUGCAAAUACUGCAAAUACUGCAAAUACUGCUUUAUACGUCGUCUUAUCCUGAUACACAGCUUUUAUAUGUAGAAACAAACAAAGAAACACUGGUGCAGUCAAAAGGAAUAACUUGAAAUCAUGACAGUAUAUUGUAUUAUACUUAAAUAAUCUAACUAAGAGUCACAAUAAUAAUCUACACUCAAAACACUGUAAACACACAAUACUCCACUUCUGAGGUUAGUGUUAAUAUACUUAUAGUACUUAUCAUGUACUAAAAAAGCUAAUCAAUACUAAAUACCCAGCCUUGUGUAGCUUUUUAAUGAACUGAUAAAGUCUAAAGAAGAUUCUCUAGAGCAGGGAAGCCCAAAUAUUUACUCCUGGGGUGCUGAAGAGAACUAAGUCCAAUGAAAAACAAGUAUCUUAAUUUUUUAGUUUUCUACAUAAAUUGAACACACAAUCUCUCCCUUAAUCUGUGUCAAAACGUAUUGAUGAAUGGACCAAUUUAAAUCUUUUUACAUUGACUUUCAUUAAAAGUUAAGAAGGUCUAACUCUCUUUGUUACACAGAUACUUAAAAUAAUUAUAGUACAUUUAGUAUAGAGGUUCUAUACUAAAUUUAUUCUUAUAGAGGAAUUAUAUCAUCGCUGUCCAAUGAAAAACAAGUAUCGCCAUUUUUGUUUAUUUUUUGUUUACUACAUAAUUCAAACACUUAAAAUGUCCCUAAAACUGUUCUAAAAAUUCUGGAUGAAGGGACCAAAAGAAACUCUCCAAAAUGACCUGAAAUGAAAUCUUUUUAAAAUUGAUUUUCAUUAAAAGUUAAUAAUGUUAAGAAACUAUUUUCUGUAAAAAAAUGCUCUUUUCAAGCAAGUAUUAUUCUGCAUUCUUUCUUACACAAGUACUUAUAAAAAUACUUAUAGGAAAUUUAGUAUAGAGGAAUUAUGUCGUUGCUUGAUGAAUUGAUCAAUAGGAAUUCUCCAAAACGACCUGAAAUCAAAUAUUUUAUACAUUGGCUUUAAUUGAAAAUUAAGAAGGUUUUAAAUCUUUUUAAAUUUGUUUUAAAUUGCUGUUAUGGAGAUCUUUGUUUUUUUAACAUGUCACUGAUCCAACAUGUGAUGAUACUAAAAAUGCACUCUGUAAAUCCAGGAAUCUAAUAGAUAUUAUUUAAUGGUAAAUAAGAUCAGUGUGAAUUUGUCCCUUAUGGCCCUACAAUAAUAUCCUCAUAUUUCAGGGUAUUUUUGUGAUAACAAUAUUGGCGAUUUGUGUACAAUAUGAUGUGAUACACCCUUAGUUUGGGCAGCCCUGCUUUAGAGAACGUACAGUAUUCAUCACCAGCUUUGAGACAGCUUUAUUCAGCACAUAUUAAUUCUAUAUUAAGGAGAAAUGGUGCUGCACACGUGAGGUUCUGUGGAGAACAUCUGGAACACCUGCCUGUACCUUCAGUCGGGCUGAAGUAGCUCCUAUUUUAGGCUGAAAAACAGCAGGACAGAGCUGGAGGAGGAGGCGGAGCUAUAUGAACAGCAGAUGUGAUUUUAGUUAAAACUGCUAAAAAUAAGAACCUGAGCCGGAGAGGCGUUCUAUAAGAUCCAGGUGUGUUUGAGGAAUAAUGCUAGACUGGUGGUCUUAAUGUUAUGGCUGAUUGGUGUGUAUACAGUCACAUGGAAAUAUUCGCUGUUUAAUAAGACCAUGAAUAACAGCUCAUGGAUUAAUGGAAUGUAUAAUUUUGGACGCAGUUUGGGAAAAGGUGGGCGGGGGGAUAUGUCCCUAAAAUAAUAUAAUAGUUGAAGUUGGUACAUAACUGGGGUUUGAGAAGCACAUAAAAUAAUAAAGCAACACUUAAUCAAACUAUUCAUUAACAUUGAAUAUUACAUUAAAUGUCCAAAAGUAUCCAGACACCCUGUUUAAUUCCUGAUUUAUCUACUUUACUUUAAAUAGCAUUAAAUAGUAAGCUUAUGGAUCACUGGAUUUAACUAUUUUGGAACAGUUUGGGCAAGGGGUGGGCGAUAUGGCCCUAAAACAGUAUCACAAUAUUUUAGGAUAUUUUUGCGUACAUUGUUGGCGAUAUAAAACUAUAUAAUUCAAGAAUACAGAACUGCAACAAAAUGAAAAUGAAUGUUGAUGUUUAUUUGGAGAUAUUGUAGCAUAUGAUGAUAAUAUUCAACACACUCUAAAUAGAGGUUUUCACCCGAUUAAUAUAACAAUAAUCUUGAUUUUAUCUGCAACUUUUGGACAUGUAGUGUAUGCUCACUGUAACACUGGAUCAUCAGCUGUGGUAAAUGAUAUUAAAAUAAUAUUAAGGUGCUUUUGGUGCUGUAGAGUUCUCAGUUAGACACUAAA